AUGCCGGCCAUGGCGCUGAAGCUGUUCAAGCGCGGGCAGACCGUGCUGCUCAUGCUGCCCGACGGCGGCAUGCGCAUAUACGCGGACGCGGUGCGCGUGGCGCGCGUGAUGAAGGACUAUCCGGGCUUCAUGGUCGGAUCGCACAACUCCGCGCGCCUGCAUCUCCCGCCCGAGAAACUCCUGCGGCCCGGCAACUCUUACUUCCUCCACGCGCCCUCGGAGACCGAUCCAGGCACCGCCGUGCCCCCGCCGCGGCUCGAUACGACCGGCGGAUUGGCCGAGUAUACCCGCGAUUAUGGUGACUAUGACAAGAGCUCGCCGGAUCAACGGUCGCCCGCGAGCGACGCAUCGUGGACGGCGAAAGAGUUGCGCCGCGCCAGCAUCUCUCUCCAUUCAUCAACAGCCGCCCGCCCAUCUUUGCCGUCUCGCGCCAACUCCGCGCCGCGCUACAGCCUCGACGUGCGCAACGACGGCCGCGGCGGCAUCCGUCGCAGCUUCUCAGCCAAAGAUCUGGAGAGCGUGCCCCCGCAGCAGCAGCAGAGGGCGUGGAAGGCAGGACAGUACGGGCAGCUCACUCCGCCCACUGGGUCUGGUCCGCUCCCCCCUAUCUCCACGCACGCGCUCAACAUGUCCCCCGCGUCCCCCUGCCAGCACUCGCCCAGUGUGUUCUCGCCUCUCGCUCGCUCUGCAUACCACCACUCUCACUUUCAACACGUGCAGCUGCAGCAGGGGCUGUAG